GAGACAAAUUUGUAAUCUAAGGAUUAGGCGUUAACUGUAACACUUCCUUCACACGACAACUCAGUGCGCUUAGCAGAAAUGGGUGAUAGGAAAAAGGGCCUUAGCGACUUCGCUGUGGACGUGUUCCUCCUCGCCGGGGUUGUCGCCACUGGCAUCUAUUUGGGCCGAAGCUUUCUUUCUUCCCUAGAAACGACACUAGCUACCGACCCCGAAAAGGAAAAGCAUGAGCAGGCGAGACUAAGAGCAAGGGAACACUUACGGCGACUAGGUGCCAGGAGACGGGAUGGGGCGGGGACGAUUGCUGGUGAUUCAUUCGAGACCGACAACAACCUAGAAAGAGACUUCCAAGUCGAUGACAUACCACUUGAUGAAUACGAAAGUUUGAUUGCGAUGGAAAUGGUGGCACCAGCGGAUAUCCCAGUUGGAUUCAGCGAUAUUGGCGGUUUAGAACAUAUUAUCGAGGAGGUGAAGGAGGCUGUGAUAUAUCCAUUGACAAUGCCUCACUUAUAUUCACAUGCUGCCCCUCUUCUUUCAGCCCCGUCAGGUGUCCUGUUUUAUGGACCUCCUGGCUGCGGAAAAACAAUGCUUGCUAAGGCCGUUGCUCGCGAAAGUGGGGCGUCCUUCAUAAACCUACACAUUUCCACUCUGACCGAGAAGUGGUAUGGAGACUCUAACAAGCUCGUUCGAGCUGUAUUCUCCUUGGCUCGGAAAAUGCAGCCAGCCAUUAUAUUUAUCGAUGAAAUCGAUGCUGUCCUGGGCACUCGAAGAAGUGGCGAACACGAAGCAAGUGGGAUGGUCAAAGCCGAAUUCAUGACUUUGUGGGACGGGCUCACAUCUGCUAAUGCCUCGGGUCUACCGGCACGUAUCGUCGUUCUCGGGGCGACGAACCGCAUUCACGACAUUGACGAAGCGAUUCUCAGGCGAAUGCCCAAGAAGUUUACCGUGGGAUUACCCGGCAAGGAGCAGCGCAGAAGAAUUCUCCAGCUCAUUAUGGAGAACACCAAAACCGAACCAGAGGAUUUCAAUUUGGAUUAUCUUGCGGAAGUGACAGCUGGCAUGUCUGGCAGCGACAUCAAAGAAGCUUGUCGUGAUGCUGCUAUGGCACCUGUACGGGAAUAUAUGCGAAAGCAUCGAGGAGCUGGUAAACCAGUGUCCGCGGUGAAUCCAGAUCUUUUCCGUGGGGUCCGAACAGAAGAUUUCUUUAUGCGACAGGACAGAGAACGUAUUCCGGUACAGAACUAGCCUAUAGGCCCUUAAGAUAAUUACUAAAAAUUAUAGGCUUAACUACGGCGUGUAUAUAGAUAACUGUUUUAUUAUAUAGACCUCCCUAGGGUGGAAUAACCUAACGGCCGAUUAUAUAAUUUGGGUAUAGAAGGUGGGUAUCCGUAGGAUUAUGGGCUAUUACAGUG